ACUAGAAUAUAAGCUUGGGUAUUUGAGCAGUUUUAUCAGAGACAUUAGUGAUCACCGUCAUCUACGAAUCCCGCUACCAUGACAGGUUUGCUAGACGUCCCGCAAUCCGACCACACGGUCCGAGUAAGGAUGGUUGAUACCACUACUCUAAUGAGCCUCCGAACAGAGACUCUCAUCCAGCCUCUACAGUUAGGCCAUGAGUUCCUUAAUCUGACAGACGUCGCAUUUCUGAUCGAAAACGAUGCGCUCAACAAGAAAAUCAUGUUUGACCUAGGCUCACGGAAGGACUAUUGGAAUCUUCCUACCGUUGCGAAACGGGGGAUCAGUAAGAUCCUGUCCGCUCUAAAGGUGGAGAAGGAUGUGGGAGAAAUCUUGAAAGAGAGUGGAGUCUCAUUGGAAGAGAUCACAUCCAUCAUCUGGUCGCAUUAUCACUGGGAUCACAUUGGAGACGUUGCCAAGUUUCCACCUUCAACAGAAUUGAUUGUUGGUCCUGGCUUUUUGAAAGACCCAGCUCUAUUUCCAGGCUACCCUGAAAACCCAAAUUCUCCCGUCCCGGCAGAUGCAUUCCACGACCGUGAGGUAGUUGAGCCUGACUUCCCCCUGAGAGUCGCAGGCUAUCGCGCCAUGGACUUCUUCGGGGAUGGGUCUUUCUAUCUUCUAGACACCCCCGGUCACUGUGUAGGCCACAUCUGCGGCCUCGCUCGUACAACAAAACACACUUUCAUUCUUCUCGGCGGCGACAUCUGCCAUUUCGCUGGCGUAAUUCGACCCACCCCAGAAGUUCCAUUCCCAGCCCAUUUCCCCCUUGAAACCUUGGAUAGCGAUCCAUUCUUCCCUGUCCCAUGUCCAUGCAGUAUCUUCACCGAUCAUCAUCCGAUUACUCAAAUAGACCGUGAGAAAACUCCCUUCUACGACAUAUCUGCCUUGGAAGCCAGCGUGUUUGAUGACCCUGGGAUUGCACAGCAAUCCGUGGAUCAGCUGCGACGAAUUGAUGCUUUACCAAAUGUGUUUAUCUGCAUUGCGCAUGACCCUGAGCUGGUGCGGCAUCUUCCCACUUUGAAUAAGUCCCCUGAAGCGGACCUGAACGAGUGGAAGAGGAAAGGAUGGAAGAGGAAGGUCCGGUGGGGAUGGGUGAACGAGUUGCCUCGUGCAGGUCGGCCAGGAAGGAAGCCAAUUGUUCAAAGGUUCUGGCGGGGGGGCAGUAUCUGGGAAGAUGCGUUCAAGGAGCUGUUCGGCGCAGAGCCUUGAUGAUUGCGCGUGUGGUCAUUUAGAGAUAUCAGGUUUAUAGUGUAUCGUCAAGAUUUGAUGACUUAAGAGUUGAAAUGUUUAGCUUUUAAAGCCUCUCUCUGCGCAGA